UGUCACUGUUGUUGACAAUGAACGUCACGUCAUUGCAAGUGCCUUUUUAAGGUUAUGUUAUGUUUACGUUUUUUUAUGAAUUAGAAAGUUUUAUUUCUAUUUUUUGCAUAAUUACGUAUCUUAAAGUGCGAAUCAUUAUUUAUAUAAUACUCACCGCUAGACAUCAGAUUAGAAUUCCUUAAUCUUAGAACGUACGCGCGAAAGAUCAAAGUCCAAACCACAAAUUUUAACAUAACUAGCCACUGGGUGAAAGUAGACACUGCAUUAUUAAAACUUGUCUGUGAUACAUUAGUAGAAUAAAUUGUAAAAUAGUGACAUGAGGCUUGUAAAAAGUUGGUUUAAAUUCAGUCAGCGAAGCCAGUUUAUUCGUCACUUUUCUAGCGAAAAACCCUUCCGGGAGAUCAGUAUUCCGGUGCCAUGGGGCCAGAUUCGCGGCAAAUGGUGGGGACGAACGGACAUCAGGCCCAUUUUAACCUUACAUGGUUGGCAGGACAACUGUGGCUCUUUUGACCGCCUCAUCCCGCUUCUUAACAAAGAAGUGGGUUUCUUAACCAUAGACUUGCCGGGGCACGGUUACUCCUCACGCCUCCCCCCUGGCAUUUACUACCACUUCACUAUUUACUUAUCAACCCUAAAGUUUAUUAUAAGAUACAUGGGAUGGGACAAUGUGUCUUUGAUGGGUCACUCGAUGGGUGGCAUAACUAGUUACGUAUACACAAUGCUGUAUCCACAAACAGUGGAUUUCGUUGCCUGUCUUGAUGGGGCUAAACCUAUGAGCCGACCAAAAGUGAUCGCCAAUAUGGCCAAAUCGAUUGAUCAGUUUUUAAAGUCAAACGAUUAUGUUAGCAGCGGCAAGGAGCCCCCCAGUUAUACCCUGGAGGAGAUCAAACAGAAAGUUCAUAUCCCUAACAAGGGUUCUGUGGCCUUGGAGUAUGCAAAUUGUUUAAUAGAAAGGAACAUUGCCCCCUCGAAACUCUUUCCUGGAAAAUAUUAUUUUACGAGGGAUCCCCGCUUGAAAUCUGGCGAGUUAUUGUCGUUCUCUCAAAAUGAGUUAGUCGAACAAGCCCAGCAUAUAACUUGCCCCAUAUUUAUAUCCAAAUGCAAGGAAGGAUCUUAUUAUGAGGUUAAAAAUAAUUUUUACGAGGUCUUGGAUGUGCUGAAGAGGAGUAGCUCAGAUUGUGAUUUUCAUUACGUAGAGGGAACUCACCAUGUGCACCUGAAUGCCCCAGAUGAAGUCGCCGGACUAUUAAAUAAGUUUAUUUUGAGGCAUAACACUGAAGAUAGGACAAUCGGAGGGCUUAAAGAUGAAAUGGUUGUGCGAGAGGACCAGGAUUUAAGUCUGAAGGUUCGACUAGCGUAGUUAAGGUUUAUUUAUUUUAAUGAUUGUUUCGUCAGGUAAUAAAGGAAGGAAAAGUACAAAAACCCACCAAAACUGUUAAUAAAGAAUUAAUUUAUUUUUAAUUUGUACAAGUUAUAUAUACAUUUAUAUACAGAUUAAAUAAUUUACUAGUUUAGGCACUGAAAUUAUUAUUUGCUACAUGAAGAAUUAACACGUGACUAGUAAUAAGUAUCUCUUAAAAAUUA